UAGGACAUUUUGGUGACCACAACACACAUUUCUCUCUCACACAUCUCUUCUUCUUUGGUGCUGGCUGGACAGCACGUGCAGUUUCUUUUUCUUCUGAGGGUUUGUGUAUGGACGGAUAGCGAAAUUCUGAUUCGUCGAAGAACCGAUUCAUGGUAAACUUAUUUGUCGCUACUCACAAUUUCCCCCAAAUCAGGGUCUACUCUUUCUUCUCUCCAAUCCACUUAUUCUUUGGUUUUCUUGAUUAUGCAAUCCGAUCACUCUCCGCGUUGACUUGUCUGAGGAAAUCGGUAAGGUUUAGUUAUACGGAUUUCAAUUGAUUGCUCCUGAAGAAUUUGGGGGGUUUUCUGAGUAUCGAUGGCUAUGGAUUGAAAUCUUUUGGGGGUGUAGAGAUAGAUGGAUAUGAGUAAUAAGAAUGGCGUUGUGGAGCCUCCAAAGGUAGUUAUUGAGGAGAGUGAUGAGACGAAAGCAUUACUAUCGCCUUCCAACAACGGUGGAUUGGCGAACAAGUCGGAUAAACCUAAGAGGAAAGUUCAGUGGAUGGAUAAGAAUGGAGAUAAGCUUGCAGAAAUCUUGGAGUAUCAACCUAGUGAUGUGAGCGACUCAGAGGAGGACGACUCAGAUUCUUGCAACUGUAGGAUAAUGUAGAUCGGAUUUCCUUAGAUCGUCCGCCAGUAACUUUCUGGUGGACUUGAGAGACUCCAGUUUUGUUAUAACUAAAAUGGCACACCUUUCUUGAAGUAUAUCGCUAACCAAAGGAACGCACCGGGUUCAUGGUUUCGGGAUUCUCAUGACUAUCUGUCUGUGUAUCAUGUGAGUUUUCUCAGCAUAUUAAUAUUAGCAUAGAGUGUGCAUUUGUAUUCUAAAAUCAUGUGAUUAUCUGUGAUUGUUAUAUACUAGGAGUAGUAAAGUUGUAGGAGCAUCCAUUUGCUUCCUUGUUUCCUCUUGUACAAAUUGACAGUUUUGUGUAUCAGACUGGUGUCUUUAAGCAAUAUAUAUUUAUGGAAUGAUAAUUAUUUCU